AACCACCAAGUAGCAGCCCUUCCAGACCCAAGCUCCUCUCCUCUCAUCACAAACCACACUGCUUCAGCCUUCUAGGCUCCCAGGAGGUACACCUGCCAAGCUAGACGAUGCCCAAGGAGGAGUGCGAAGUGGUUGUGCUGGGGGAAACCCGCAGCCCAGCUCCCGAGACCAGGACUGUGAUCAACAUCUCCAGUGACACCCUUGUGCCUGACCAUGUGGUCUGGUCCCUCUUCAACACGAUCUUCAUGAACGCCUGCUGCCUGGGCUUCAUAGCCUUCGCCUACUCCAUAAAGUCUAGGGACAGGAAGAUGGUGGGUGAUGUGAUCGGGGCCCAGAGCUACGCCUCCACCUCCAAGUGCCUGAACAUCAGCGCCCUGGCUUUAAGUAUCAUCCUGACUAUUGUCUUCAUCGUGUUAUAUGCUGCAACCAUCACAGCAAUCAUCCAAAACUUCUCUCAGAUAAGAAAGGAUUCUCAGGGCUAGUAGUCCUGCUGUGUUCUUCCCUCCACAGAUACCCUGAUCCUGGGCUGGGCCCUUCUCUGCACCCCCCACCCUUGAUCAACUGUCCAAAAUUGGGAUCAAUAAAGC